AUGAUGAUCGCUGAGAAGCCACACGCUAUUCCAAUGAACCCAUCCCAAAGUGGUUCACAAAGGCAACAACAGAGCAUGAGAUCUACAAAGCAGUUAAAGUCGAAACCAGCCAACCAACGGCCGGCACAACAGACGUCAAACCCAUCCAAGGUGAAACCAAAACAAAAGGGAAGGUCUACUCAAGCUAACGGGAGGAAACAACAGCCUAACCCGCAAUCUCAACAAUUUAAAAAUUCCAAUUCAAAUAAAAAGGAAACUAAAGAUUCCCUACUACCUUCCUCCUCCUCACCAACAUCACCAUCAUCAUCCUCCAUCAAGUCCAGCAAUAAAAAGAAUUUGAAUAGGGUGGUUAUUCCUCCUAGAAUAGUUGACGUUGUGUUCAAUACCAGCAACAAAUCUAACAGAAAUUCUAAAAGAGCAACCUUGAAAAGUACAGCUGAUGAAAUAAAACAGUCAACUGAAGAUAUCAAGAAUGUGCUUUUAUCAGAUUACUCGUCACCAUGCCUUCCAGAUGGGUCUAGACCAGUUUUCAAUCAAACCAAUUCAAGUGGUAAUAAUAAUAAUAAUAACAACAAUAAUAACAACAACAAUAAGGAAAAUAUUAAAGCAAAUACAAAUAGCAGGAGAAAGUCCCCAUCCAUUGAAUAUUCCCAGUUGAAUGCAUAUAAUAUCCAACAAUUACCAAAUGGUAGCGAACCUAACUUUGGUGGCAAGACCACUGCAAUAUCCAAAUCACCUAGUUCAUCCUCUUCUAAUGAAAGGUCCAAAUUACAAAGUUCGUCAUCGCAAACCUCCCACUCCACAAACGGUAGUUUCCAAUACGCAGGCUCCUCAUUCCAUGCAGAACCUAAAGCAGUUACUUUACCAAAACCAUCAUUCUUAAAGAAACAACUUUGA